GCUUUCUGCUUGUAUAAGCUUCUGACUGGUUGUGAUGUGCUCGGACUUAUCUCCUGCUAUACCAAAGCCGAGCUUAUGACCGACCUUAACCCGAGAUGCGCCACGGCGCUGCGUUUUGACGCAUUUAUAAAUACGCGGGGUAUCUUCAGUCUGGUCCUGUCCUCAAAGCUUGUGUCCCAUUCUUGCUACUGCCACGAAUCUUCCGUUUAUCAGACCCAUUUCGAACACGCACCGCCCGUCAGUGACCAUGAGUGACACCACCUACGUAGCUCCGCUUCAUCCCCAACCUGGGGAUCGUUCGGUAAGCCAAAAGACCCGACAGCGCUUGAUAAGCUUUGGGCACUGACAAUGAGCACGAUUGUAGCGCGAGGACGGUCGGGAGUUCAAGCUGCUUCACUUCAUUUACGACCAGCCCAACCGAGAUGAGAUCCAGGGCAACCCUCAGAAAGUGUUGGACCUGAUCGACGAAUUCGCGCAGAAAUAUCACCUCAUGAAUAUUGGGCCAGAGAAGGGCAAGUUUAUCACCGAGAUCGUCGCGGAACGCAAGCCCGAAGUCAUGAUUGAGCUGGGCGGGUAUGUUGGCUACUCAGCCAUUCUGUUCGGCGAUGCCGUGCGUCGGGCGGGGGGAAAGCGAUACUACAGCCUGGAAUUGAACCCGGAGUACGCCGCUAUCGCGAACAUGCUGCUGGAUCUUGCCGGGCUGCGCGACUUUGUGCGUAUCAUCGUCGGCCGCAGCGACCUGUCCCUGCAUAAGCUGUUCAGCAGCGGCGAGGUUAAGCAGGUGGAGGUGCUGUUCAUUGACCACUACAAGCCUGCGUACACCACCGAUCUGAAGCUCUGUGAGCAGCUGGGGAAGAUUGUGCCCGAGGUGUCGGUGGUAAUCGCUGAUAAUGUGCUCUACCCGGGCAACCCGCCGUAUCUGGAAUAUGUCCGCAGCACCGUGGAGCAGAAGCGUGAAGCUGCCAAGAAGGGCCCUGAACGCACCUACAACAAGGAGGGAAUUCCGGAUAGGACGGUGCAAUCCUUCCUGGGAGCAGAUGCGACGCCGAAUUUCGACAUUGUUGGGAACCCAAACCUCAUAUACGAGAGCAAACUCGUGAAGCCGGAAACGACCAGGGUAAGUCAGCGUCGGUUGACAUUAGCAGAGCGAUUACGGGAUAAGCUUUCUGACGCGACUUAUGUGCUCUAGGAUGCCAUCGAGGUCACCCACUGCGUGGGGUUUCAAGAGUAAGAGACAGAAGGAAUGCUUCUCCGGGAACCCGUAUUGGGAUUAUGUGCUCUAGGACGCCAUCGAGGUCACCCACUGCGUGGGGGUUCAAGAGUUAGGAGACAGAAAGAAUGCUUCUCCGGGAACCCUUAUGGGGAGGAAAAGGAUUCCAUGGAAGGGCA